UUUUCAGACACAAAGCCAAGCUGGGAGCAGUGGGAGAGCUGUCUGAGCUCGUGCCUUACGAUGAGCAUCUUGCCAUGUUCCUCGUGCAGUUCGCAGGUUUAAACCACCUGUCCUUUGACCCUGCCAGCACUGAGUCCCUGGGGCUUGAGAGCCCGGCUGAGGAUGGAAGUGACCCGGGGAAGAGGAAGAGGAGCAGCAUUCCCCCAGAUGGUGGCAGAAAUCUGAGCCUGGACUCCGUUCCGAUGGGACUGCCAAUGUCCGACCCGAGCGCCUGGGCCACCGCCAUGAACAACCUGGGCAUGGCUCCCAUGGGCAUGACAGGACAGCCCCUCCUGCCUGAUUUUGAUCCUGCUCUUGGAAUGAUGACUGGAAUCCCUCCAAUCAACCCCAUGAUGCCAGGCCUGGGGAUUGUCCCACCUCCCAUCCCUCCGGACAUGCCGGCCGUGAAGGAGAUCAUCCACUGCAAGAGCUGCACUCUGUUCCCACCCAACCCACAUCUUCCCCCUCCAGCCACGAGAGAGAGGCCCCCAGGGUGCAAGACGGUGUUUGUUGGAGGCCUGCCGGAAAAUGGGACGGAGCAGAUCAUCAUGGAGGUGUUUGAGCAGUGUGGGGAGGUCAUAGCUAUCCGCAAGAGCAAGAAGAACUUCUGCCACAUCCGCUUUGCUGAGGAGUUCAUGGUGGACAAGGCACUUUACCUGUCUGGCUACCGCAUCCGGCUGGGCUCCAGCACGGACAAGAAGGACACGGGGCGGCUGCACGUGGACUUUGCCCAGGCGAGGGAUGACCUGUACGAGUGGGAGUGCAAGCAGCGCAUGCUGGCGCGCGAGGAGCGCCACUGGCGCCGCCUGGCCGAGGAGCGCUUCCGCCCGCCCUCCCCGCCGCCCGUCGUCCACUACUCCGACCACGAGUGCAGCGUGGUGGCCGAGAAGCUCAAAGAUGACACCAAGUUCUUGGAAGCCAUCCAGACCUUGCUGACCUGGAUAGAACGUGGGGAAGUGAACAGGAGAACUGCCAACAACUUCUACUCCAUGAUCCAGUCAGCCAACAGCCACAUCCGCAGGCUCGUCAACGAGAAGGCGGCUCACGAGAAGGAGAUGGAGGAGGCUAAAGAGAAGUUCAAACUGGCUCUCUCAGGGAUCCUGGUGCAGUUCGAGCAGAUAGUGGCCGUGUACCAUUCUGCCUCCAAACAAAAGGCUUGGGACCAUUUCACGAAAGCUCAGCGUAAGAACAUCAGCGUGUGGUGCAAACAAGCAGAGGAGAUCCGGAACAUCCACAAUGAUGAGCUGAUGGGCAUUCGGAGGGAGGAGGAGAUGGAAAUGUCUGAUGAAGAAAUAGAAGAUCCAUCAGAGAUGAAAGAAACAGAAGAGUCAGCGCUGGUGACACAGGUGGAGGCGCUGAAGGAGGAGAACGACAGCCUGCGCUGGCAGCUGGACGCCUACCGCAACGAGGUGGAGCUGCUCAAGCAGGAGCAGGGCAAGGCCUCCAGGGACGAGGACACCACCAAGGAGCAGCAGAUGAAGCUCCUCCAGCAGGCUCUGCAGGGCAUGCAGAAGCAUCUUUUGAAAGUCCAAGAGGAGUACAAAAAGAGAGAGGCUGAGUUGGAAAAAGUGAAAGAAGACAAACUGAAAAUAGAAACGUUGCUAGAAAACCUGAAGGAGCAGCAGAGCAUGGCAGAUGAAGAGGACAAGGAGGGAGAUGCAGCUGACUGCCAGGGGAAUGAGAGCAGCACGUCCAGAGUCUGUGCCUGCAGCCAGGAGAAGGAAUGUCCGGUGGAGAAGACCUUGAGCAACAGCCCUGUGAAAUCUGAACGAGAAGUUCUCUUAGUUGGGAUAAUUUCAACCUUCCUCCACGUGCAUCCCUUUGGGGCCAGCAUUGAGUACAUCUGCUCCUACCUGCAGCGCCUGGACAGCAAGAUCUGCACGGCGGAGGUGGAAGUGCUCAUGACACGACUGCAGAACACGUUCCGGCAGGAGCUCAGCGGGGUCGGGGCCAGCCUGGAGAAGAGGUGGAAGUUUUGUGGCUUUGAUGGGUUGAAAAUGACUUGAGCUUUGACUUGAUGCUGGAAGCAGCGGGAUAGGGAUGCUGAGGAAAGCCGGGAUGCUCCUCCCUCUGCUCCUGCCAUUCCCUCACACCACGGCCCCGGGGUACAAAGUGUAAAAGUGAAACCAAGUCCAGAGCACCACUGGAAGAACCUCCGAGCUCUGCAGCUCCUUUGAUCAGUUAUUUGUUAAUGGGCAAGUGCUGUUCAAUAUAUUUGGGGAAAAGCUCCUGCCUGACCCUUUGAAGCACAGCGUGUCGACUCUGUGUUCUGCCAAUGUUGUAUGUGCUUGUGUGCCCAAAUUCCUCCUCCUCAGCCUUCCUUCUGCUAGGAACAGCCACAGACUGUCCUGAACCAACAACAAAGGGGCAUCUUCUGCUUUCUAGAUCACCAAAA